GGAUGCAGGAAGAGGAAGUCAUGUUUCCUGGAGUGCGCAGGCGCGGCAAUGGGGUUGGCAGCUAGCUCAGUUCCCCAGUAAGGAGGAAGACCCCUUGGACCCGUCAAGAUGGAGUCAGACCCUGGAGAGGAUGACCUCAGUGCCAAGAGCUGGGACUCACGGAAACUUGCCAGUGAAGGCACAGGAUCGCUUACCAAUCUUGAAGAUGAGCUGAAUAGGUCCCAAACCCGCCUAGGGUACCUUGAUGUAGACAAGGAGCUGGAAUCUAAACAUGAUUUGAUUGAUGAUAAAGAGUUUGACAUUCCUCAAGUUGACACUCCACCAACACUGGAGAGCAUCUUGAAUGAGACAGAUGAUGAGGAUGAAACCUUCAUACCAGAAGAUCCUGCGCUACUGAACAUCGAGACUAUUGACACCUAUUCCUGUGACACCUCAUCAUUGGCCAGCUCUGAUAGUGGUGACCGAGCACAUAAGAGAAAGAAGAAGCUACCAGAUGCUUUUUCCCGCCAUGGAGCUGUGCUGCGCCAUAUGCUGCUCAAAGGCGUCUCUGCUCAGAUCGUGUCUGCUGCAGAUAAAGUAGAUGCUGGCCUUCCCACAGCUAUAGCUGUCUCUAAUCUAAUUGCAGUGGGAACUUCUCACGGUCUGGCUCUUAUAUUUGAAGGCAAAGAUGCAAACCAAGCCCUCCGUCUCUGUCUGGGAAGCACUGCGGUUGGUGCACAAUAUGGCGCUGUUUCAGCUUUAAGCAUCAACAACGACUGUUCCAGACUUCUCUGUGGCUUUGCAAAAGGACAGAUUACAAUGUGGGAUCUGGCUAGCGGCAAGCUCCUGCGAUCUAUAACUGAUGCCCACCCACCUGGGACAGCCAUUCUGCACAUCAAGUUUACAGAUGACCCAACUCUUGCGAUCUGCAAUGACAGUGGAGGAUCUGUAUUUGAACUGACUUUCAAGCGAGUAAUGGGAGUAAGAAGCUGUGAAUCCAGAUGUCUGUUCAGUGGAUCCAAGGGAGAAGUUUGCUGUAUUGAGCCUUUGCAUACAAAAGCUGAACUGAGAGAUCACCCUAUUGCUCAGUACUCUCUUUUGGCCAUGGCAUCCUUGACUAAGAUACUGGUAAUUGGCUUGAAGCCAUCUCUGAAAGUUUGGAUGACUUUUCCUUAUGGACGGAUGGAUCCUUCCAGUGUCCCACUUCUAGCAUGGCAUUUUGUGAUUCUGCAGGGAGCUUUGAACCCCAUGCUGGCAUUCUGCAGAGGGGAUGUGGUGCAUUUUCUUUUGGUGAAGAGAGAUGAAUCUGGAGCAAUUCACAUAAACAAGCAGAAACAGCUUCACUUGCACUAUGAUCUUAUCAACUUCACAUGGAUUAAUGCACGCACAGUGGCUCUCCUGGAUAGUGCUGAGAAACUCCAUGUGAUUGACAGGCAGACACAGGAGGAGCUUGAGACUCUUGAGAUUUCUGAUUUCCAGCUUGUGUACAACAGCAGCCACUUCAAAUCUUUGGCCACCGGGGGUAAUGUCAGCCAGGCUUUGGCUCUAGUAGGAGAAAAAGCUUGCUAUCAGUCAAUCAGCAGUUAUGGAGGACAGAUAUUCUACCUUGGAACUAAGUCAGUCCAUGCAAUGAUGCUCAGGAACUGGCGAGAGAGAGUUGAUCAUUUGCUGAAACAAGACUGCUACAAUGAAGCCUUGGCUCUAGCAUGGUCAUUUCACGAAGGCAAGGCAAAAGCUGUUGUGGGUCUUUCUGGGGAUCCCAAGAAAAGGAAGAGUGUUGUGGCUGAUAAGAUAGUUGAAAUCUUGCUGCAGUAUACUGACAAAGCAUUGAGGAAAUGUCCGGAGCAAGGCAAAAUCCAGGUCAUGGAACAGCAUUUCCAGGACACAGUACCAGUAUUGGUUGAUUAUUGCCUGCUUCUGCAACGCACGGAUAUCCUCUUUAGUCAGAUGUAUGACAAGCUCUGUGAGAACUGUGUAGCCAGAGGAGUAUUCUUGGAGUGUUUAGAGCCUUAUCUUCUCCGGGACCAGUUACCAGGUCUUACUACUCAUGUCAUGAAGGAUCUGCUGCUCCAUUUUCAGGAUCGGGGCCUGAUGGAAAGUUUGGAGGCUUGUAUAGUGCACAUGGACAUCACCAGCCUUGACAUACAGCAGAUUGUCCAAAUGUGCUGGGAACACAGACUAUACGACGCAAUGAUUUUUGUGUACAAUAGUGGGACAAAUGAUUUUAUAAGCCCAAUGGAGAAAUUGUUCAAGUCCAUUUCUGCACCAAUCGGCUCUGGGAAAUCUUUGACAGAUGAGCAAGUUGUGAUGGGAAACAAGCUUCUUGUUUAUAUUAGCUCAAGUUUGGCUGGGCGAGCGUAUCCUUUAGGUGACAUUCCAGAAGACCUUGUCCCACAAGUGAAAAACCAGGUUUUUGAGUUCCUAAUACGUUUACAUUCUCCGGAGGCUCCCUCUGAUGAAGAGGUGUACCCCUAUAUCCGGACACUGUUGCACUUUGACACAAGAGAGUUCCUUAAUGUUUUGGCACUGACAUUCGAAGAUUUUACUAAUGACAAGCAAGCAGUGGAACACCAGCAGCGAAUAGUUGAUAUUCUGUUAAAGGUUAUGGUGGAGAACUCUGAUUUUACUCCUUCCCAGGUGGGCUGUCUCUUCACAUUUCUUGCCCGGCAGCUCGCUAAGCCAGAUAAUACUCUGUUUGUCAACCGAAUGCUGUUUGACCAGGUCCUAGAAUUUCUGUGCAGUCCAGAUGAUGAUUCCAGGCAUUCAGAAAGACAGCAGGUUCUUUUAGAGCUGCUUCAGGCUGGAGGAGUAGUCCAGUUUGAGGAAAACAGACUGAUCCAGCUAGCAGAACGAGCUCAGUUCUAUCAGAUCUGUGAGUUUAUGUACGAGAGGAAGCACCUAUAUGACAAAAUUAUAGACUGCUAUUUACAAGACCCAAUAAGAAAGCAGGUAUACGUGAAAACCAACCACUACUGUGAAGAUGGCUCUGCAUGUUUGGAUGAACUUCAGUCUCAAGAAAUCUUUAAUUAUAUUCACAACAUUCUUUCAAUCCCGGGCUACAGUCCUGAGGAAAAACAGGCAACAUGGGACAAAGUUAUGAAACAUAUGGAGGAGCUGGUAGCACUAAGUCCAAGUAAAGCAGCUGACCUGGUGUGCACUCACUUUGGUGAGCAGCUAAGUGAGGUCAUUGAAAAGCUCCAGGAAACAUUAUUACUGUUCCAGUUUCUUAGAAGUCUUUUGGAUCCAAGGGAUGGUGUGCAGUUAAAUCCGGAGCUGCUGCAGAAUCAGCCUCACGUCACAGAGCUUUUCAUAGACCUGAUGUGCCAGUAUGAUCCUGGGCAUGUGACUUCAAUGCUGCAAAUCCUGGAGCAUUACAGAUUAGAAGAGACCAUUCAGAUUGCACAGAAGCAUAAUAACCAUGAGACCUUGGCUUACCUCUUGGAGAAAAAGGGAGAUAUCCAGGCAGCUUUUGAAGUUAUGCUUACGAGGCUGCAGGAAAGACUUUCAGCACUGACUACAGAUUUUGUUGAUGGAGGCGAUCAGAUAAAGGAAACAGAUAUCUUAAAAGAUGUGAGGGAAACUUUAUCAGAAACAAUUUUAUUGUGUGAAAGAACAUCUCGUACACUGAACCAGCAGCAGAGAGAGGCACUAUGGUUUCCUCUGCUUGAAGCAAUGAUGUCUCCACAGAAGCUCUUAAGUUCUUCUCAGUUAUAUUUGGACUCUUUAAAGAAUCUCACAAUGGAUGUCCUCAACAGCAUGGCAGCCUAUAUCUCCCUUCCAUCCAUACUCCAGAGAAUAUUGCAGGAUCCUGUGUAUGGAAAAGGAAAGUUGGGAGAAAUCCAAGGCUUGGUCUUAGGAAUGCUUGAUACCUUCAGCUAUGAGCAGACCCUGCUGGAGACCACCACAAGCUUGCUGAACCAGGACUUACACUGGUCGCUGCGUAACCUCAAAGCUUCUGUUACUAAAGCUCUUGCUCCAAAACAGGACCACUGCUGCAUCUGCCUUCAGCAGUACAAGAAGAGACAAGAGGGCACAGAUGAGAUCCUCGUUUUCAGCUGUGGACAUUUAUACCACUCCCUCUGCCUGACGGGAAAGCACUGCAAGGUUGAAGUUGGUGGACAGAGUCACUGGAUCUGUUACCGAUGUCAUUCAACUAGUAAAGGUCGGACGGGUUGCCAGUCGUUGGCUGAAAUGAAGAGAGGGAGGGCAGCAUCUUUAGUCCAGGUGAGAUCUGCUUCAGCGCAUCCAUCCAAAGAGGAAUCUGCAAGAAAGUCAAGCUCUGAUUCCGUCCUCGACCCACAUCAGCUGCAGGCAUUCAAUGAACUCUGCCGUCUUUAUAAAGGAACCUCACGGCUUGCUUUAUUGACAGAACUAUGCCGAUCUCAGAGCCCAGAAAAAUCCUUAUCAUAUCAUCCAUCCUAUGGGGGUGUUGCAUCAAGCAGUGUUUUUCAGAAUGAGAACUUCCAGUUACAUCUGGCACCCCCUCCAAUCGUUGAUGAUUAAUUCUAAAAAUGGAAAUCUCAUCUUUGCUUCAUCUGAACAAGGGCCGUCCACUUCAGAACAUCUCAUCCACCUAUCUUACCUAUGACACAGCUGUUUAUAUAUUUAAAUUGUCAGACUGUACUUGUUUAAAAUAAACACUAAUACACUUCUAUGUUUUUCA